AUGUCAAUGGGGACGCUCGAUAAACGAAGAUUCAAAAACGAGGAAGCCACAAAAGACGAGAGAAAGCUAGAAGCACAGCGUGGCAAUUAUACCGCCGUCUCAGCAUACUCGAUGCCUGUGCCUACAGCCUGUGAGAAGGUCGAGAUCCAUAGACAAAAUAGCCAAAUGAGGACAAAUACCAGACCUCCACUUUCCACUGUUCCAAAGCCUGGAUCACUAUUGUGCCAGAGACCCGUCAGAUAA